AUGACAGCUCCAGUAGCAGCAUCGGCCAACACUCACGACCCAUGGCUCAUUGCCAGGAAUCGCUUUAUUGAAGGACUUGAUCCUGCAGAGCGGGCACUAUUUAAUGAGGCUACGCCAGAAAAUCUUUACUACAAAUCCAGCAAUAUCCAGAAGGCCGAUCAGAAAAAUAGCAAAACUCGAGCGAUUUUGAAGUCUCUCGAGCCUUUGACGAAAUCCAUCCAAGAUUAUGGUGCGGCAAUGGAUACUUUCACCAACAUUGCGCCUUUAUACCUUGCUCCAAUAUGGGGAAGUAUUCGUGUUAUACUUGUCCUGGCUAGCAGCCAAGGAAAGUUCUAUGAUCGAAUAAUAGACACUUUUGCUCGCGUGGGAGAUAUACUUCCACGAUUGCGCGACUAUCAAGCAAUUUUUGACCAGGAAAAACACCCGAAAUUUACGCAAGCAUUGUCAGCAGCCUAUCUCGACAUAAUUGUUCUUUGUUCAGAUUUCAAAAAUAUAUUGGCCGGGCAAAAAUCUUCCUUCGUCAAGCGUAUGAGAUCUCCCUUGUCCACAUCUCUCGGAGCGCAACUUGACAAUGCUGUGCAAACAUUUAGAGAACACCGUAAAGCGGUUGAGAGUGAAGCUAAGAUGUGCCAUUAUAUCGAAGCGAAGGAGUCUAGAGAACUUGAAUUGAGAGAAAGAAUGCGGAGCAAAGAACAAGAUCGCAGAGACAGAGAACGAAAAAUCGUCUCCCAGAUGGCCACAGUUGAUUGCAGCAACAAGCAUUGUCGACUAAAGAAGAUAAGGUAUCAUGGGACCGGGAGCUGGCUAGCCAGUGUGGCCGACUAUAGGGAUUGGAAAACCCAGAACAAAUCUUCUGUCAUGUCAUGUUAUGGUAUUCCUGGAUCCGGCAAAUCGGUCUUGGUCUCGAGCCUUAUAGACGGAUUCAAAAUGUCCUUUCCUGCCGACACUACCAUUUCCUAUUAUUAUUGUGACUAUGCUGACAAGAGAACACUCUCUCCGAGUGGUCUUUUUAGUUGCAUUUCUCAGAAAUUGUUUCGCAGCAUGGACAAAAUUCCUGAUGCUCUGAUGAAUAUCCUCGAAGCUGAAUAUCCAGACGAGACAUCAUCACCCGGUCUAGAUCAAACCUUCGCGUUGCUAAUAAAGGCAAUAGAUGAGCUAUCAAGUGUGGUUAUUUUUAUUGAUGGCGUAGACGAACUACUCGAGUCCGAUCGGAGGCUUACUUUUUCAAUCUUGAGAAGGAUCCUUAACGAGGUAACAUCGCCAGUCAAAUUAUUUGUUUCCAGUCGCGAGGAUAUCACUUAUCUUUUUCAAACUUCAUCCGAUCUCACUACUUGCAAAUUGUACCUUCAAACGAAAUCUAUCUCUCCAGAUUUUGAGGCGUAUAUCAGACAUGCUAUCAAUGAGUUGUUUACGUCUGGCGACUUAGUGCUGGGUAAUUUAUCUCUUAAAGAGGAUAUUUUCAAUGUUCUCAGAGAUGGUGCAAAAGGAAUGUUUCUUUGGGUCCAGUUUCAGCUUGAAGAGCUCUGUCGCAUGGAAACGGAUGCAACGACCAUAAAAGCUCUACAGAAUCUUCCUCGCAAUCUUGAGGAGACUUAUGACCGACUUCUUAGACGGAUUGUCGAGAUCGAAAGGCGUGAAUUUGUAAAAAGGAUGUUUGACUGGAUUAUUUGCUCAUGUAGACCAUUACACAUGGACGAGCUUCGGGAGGCCGUCGCUUUCAUUCCCGGCGAUAAGGCAUGGGAUGCAAAAAAGAUACCAAAUGAUCUUCGGAGAUUGAUCAGAGCAUGUGGAAAUUUUAUAUUGAUCGAUGAAGACACUAAAAUGGUACAGCUUGCGCAUUAUACAGUCGAGCAGUAUAUUCUCCAUUCGCAAAAUUCCGACUUGGCAUACUUUCACACCACAAGGGAAGAGUCAAAUAGAGCACUGGGUGCGACUUGUGUGACUUAUUUGUCUUUCACUGAUCUCGAAGCACAAGUCACAGUAUACCACAAUGCCAUCAACCCAAAUAUGACGGUGUUACAGGACGCCGUUACGACCCAGUCUUUAAUACCGAGGGCAUCACAGUCAUCGAAUCUUCCGGCCAAAGCCACCAAAGCCGCUUUAAUUUUUCGAAAUUUCCACAGAAACAGUCAAAGUAAUGUUGACUAUUCUAGACAUAUACCAAAACAUGGAACGGCCAAUCAGCAGAUUCUCGACAAGUAUCGGUUGAUCGCUUAUCUGAAAGAAAAUUGGCUUUCACACACUAAAGACUUUACAGAGGAGAGUUGGAGGAUAGGUGCAUUGUUCCAAAAUCUACUCUUCAAGAAACAACUCACCUUUUCUUUCAUACCCUGGAAGAAGUUUUCGUUUGGGGAUUGCGCCAGGAUUGCGCCUCUGUGUUGGGCCCUGGCUGAAAACCACCUACCACUAUUGAAGGAAGUCCUAGCAAAUGAUCAUAAGACUCCUUAUUACAUUACUGAGGCAUGUUUAUAA